AUGCGCAAAGGCACCGGCAUCCACCGGCACGCACCCGUUUCCCCUGCCCCUCCGGCGGAGCCGCCGCGAGGGAGAGCGGAUACAAGUAACCGCAAAUUACCUCUGUGCGGCACCGAGACAGCGGCCGGGCUGCUGGCGGAGCCAGGGAGGCGGCGCAGGAGAGGCGAUGCCGGCUGCAGACCCGACCCCGCGCCCCGCCGCGGCAGCUUCACACCGAGCCCCGGGGCUGCACAGACCCGCACACCCGGACCGGCGCCGGCAGCUGCCCGCGGCUCCCUCCUGUCCCCACGGGUCCGGAGGAGCGGCCAGGGCCAGGCACGGCCCCGCCGAGGGAAGGGGCGGCGGGGGCUCCUCCAGCCCCGUCCCUGCCGGGCGGCGCCACCGCUUCCUUUCCCCGUCCCGCCUGCUGGGAGCGCAGCGGGAGCGAUCCCUGCGCCGCCCCCCGGCCCCUUCCCGCGGGGCGGCAAGCCGGGGAGGGAGCAGCCUCCCCAGCGCUCCUCCCCAAACUCGCCCCGGACUGGCACCGGCAGCGCUUCCCGCCGACGCCCGGGGGACCCCCGACCCCCGGCGUACCCCAGCGCCCUGCGCCCCUCACCGCUCCUCCGUCAGGCGGCGGGAGGAAUCUCUGCCACCAGCGAUCUUCGUUCAAAGUGCAGCCCGAGGCGGGGGAGGAACCGUGGGAAGGGAGAGCGUCUCUUGCCACCGGCCCCGAGGCAGCACAAAAAGCCCCGAGAGGCGGGUGGUUCGGCUUCAAAGGCAGGCGGACGGCUUCCCCCCGGCACCGCCAAUGUAACCGUGAACACCGCGGUCAAAUUUCCUCUUCCCUCCCGCUCUUUGUCUCCCUGGGGAAGUCAUUAUCAAAGGGAAUUUAUUCGCGCUGCAUCUCGGGGUCAGAACGGCAACACACACAGCCCCGACGCGCCCCACCGCUGCGAGGGACAGCGGCGACCCAGCCCCCUCGCAUCCCGUCCCUCGCUCCCCGCCGAGGUCCCGCGGCCGGGGGCGGCUUAUCUGCCCGGGCCGCCGAGCGGGACAGCGACUGGGCACUUCUCAGACACUUACCGCUUCCCCCAGGAACAGAAUUUGCAUGGGUUUAAAUGCACUUCUGUAAAUUUGAAUGGCUUUGCCCGCAGGGCACUGAAGGAAGCCGGCCCAGACGGGCACAGGCGCGGGCUGAGGUGCUCAGAGCAGUGUCCCUGUCCCCAGCCCUGUCACCCCGUUCCUGCGGGCUGCCCCUGA